CUGAAAUCACAAUACUCGUGCUGCUAGAAAUUUUCUUAAAAAUCCGUUCUACCGAACUCAAACAACAACCAUUGUUUUUAACACCAGUUUUACACUUCAUGGUUUUAUUUGGCUCCCGUUUUAUUUACCUCUACUGUAAGUGAAAAACAGCUUUAAAAAUGCCAAAAGUACGAUCCACAGGGGGAGCUCCCCGAAAGCAGGGCUUCAACAGAUCCGGCCACUCAAUGAACCCGGAACGUUCGACAGAUAGUUUAAAAGGUGUAGCGAAGCCCCGUACAAAAGGCACAAUCAAACGAUUACAAAUGUACAGAAAUUUCAAGGCAAAAAGGGAUAAGAAAGGUAACAUUCUCACUCCAGCCCCAUUCCAGGGUAAACUACCAUCUGGUACCCAAGCUAGAGUGGAACCAAAUCAGAAAUGGUUUGGAAACAGUAGAGUGAUCUCUCAAAAUGCUUUGCAGAAGUUUCAAACUGAAUUGGGGGCAGCAAUAAAGAACCCUUAUCAAGUUGUUAUGAAGCCAACUACAUUACCAAUCACUUUGUUAAAUGAAAAAGCAAAGAAUGCCAGGGUACAUUUAUUAGAUACAGAGAGUUUUGAAAGUGUUUUUGGUCCAAAGAAGAGCAGAAAAAGGCCAAGUAUUGCUGUAAGAGGGUUGGAUGAGUUAACAGAACUUGCACAAAAAAAAGAAACUGAAUAUAGCCAUGAAAAGGAUUCAAAUAUUGUCAGAGACAAUGAAGGAGUCAAAGACAUGCCAAGGGACUGGGUAAUGGGAGCAGGCCAAUCUAGAAGAAUCUGGAAUGAACUUUAUAAAGUAAUUGAUAGUUCUGAUGUGCUGCUUCAGACACUUGAUGCCAGAGACCCUAUGGGAACCAGAUCAUCUUAUUUGGAAAAAUAUCUUAAAACAGAAAAACCUCACAAACACUUAAUUUUUAUAUUAAAUAAGGUGGAUUUAGUGCCAACUUGGGUUACACAAAGGUGGGUUGCCAUACUUAGCAAAGAAUAUCCCACAGUGGCUUUUCAUGCAAGUUUAACUCAUCCAUUUGGCAAGGGCUCUUUAAUAAAUCUUUUAAGGCAAUUUGCUAAGCUUCACAUUGAUAAGAAACAAAUUUCAGUUGGUUUUAUUGGUUACCCAAAUGUGGGUAAAUCAUCCAUCAUAAACACCCUCAGAAGCAAAAAAGUAUGCAAAGUAGCUCCAAUUGCUGGAGAGACAAAAGUUUGGCAAUACAUUACACUAAUGAGGAGGAUCUAUUUGAUAGAUUGCCCAGGGGUAGUUUACCCCUCAGCAGAAACUGAUACAGAAAAGGUCUUAAAAGGAGUAGUGAGGGUGGAGCUGGUUAACAAUCCUGAAGAUUAUAUUGAAGCUGUUUUAGAAAGAGUUAAAAAAGAAUAUAUAACAAAAACCUAUAAAGUAAAUGACUGGAAAGACCCAAUUGAUUUCCUGGAAAAGAUGGCUCAGAGGUCUGGCAGGUUGUUAAAGGGUGGAGAGCCAGAUAUUACCAGUGUUGCGAAAAUGAUCCUGAAUGACUGGCAAAGAGGCAAGUUGCCAUUUUUUGUUUGUCCCCCCGGAUUCGAAACUGGCUUACCAAAAGAGGAAACAGAAAAUGACAUAAAUGUCGUGCAAGAUUUCAGAAAAAUUCGAGUGGGAUUAAGUUAUGAAGGUGAAGAUGUCAAGGAGCUGGAACCUAUUAAAGAUGUUGAAAAGGCAGUUAAUGAAUAUGUUGAGGAGAAUAACAGUCAGGUGAAUGAGAAGGAGGAAGAGGCAGAGGAAGAUGCUCAUUCAGACAGCUCAAGUGAAAUGAGUUUUUAUUCUGACAUGGAGGCCGAAGAUCUAGAGUAUGCAGUCUCUGCGAGUGGGGACUUUAAAGUUGAGAAGAUCACAAAGAAAACAGACUCUGCAAAGAAAAUGACUAGCAAACAAAAGAGGGCCAUUGAGAGGGCUCAGAAGAGAAAGAAGAUUGGUAGCAAUUUCUAUGAGGUGACCAAUGUGAAAAAUAGAAACAGGAAUAAGAAAAAAACUAAAGGAAAGUAGAGAUGUUGUGACUGUAUAUACUUACAAGUUUUUUUUGUUCUUAAGAAAUAAACAUGUUUAUAUAUA